UGGGGGACGGCCGGCUGCUCGGAACAGGACCACCUCAUCCCGCACGAGGUGCUCAACCCCUUCGUGAUGCGGCUUGAUGCCCUCAACUCCACGUAUGACAAAGUCAAGGUGGCCGUGCUGACGGUGUUUGUGCUGCCGCUGCGGAUCGUCGGCCUCUGCCUGUGCGUGCUGUUCGGCUGGGUGUUCGCCUGCAUCGGCCUGUACGGCCUGUCGGAGGAGGACCACAACCGGCCGCUGCGGGGAUGGCGCAGUCGGAUGCGGCCGCUGCAGGCGGCCAAUGCGCGCGUCGCCUACUACCUGAGCGGCUGGGUGAUCCGCAAGCGCGGCCAACACUCCACCGAGGUGCCGGUGAUGGUGGCGGCGCCCCACUCCACCUUCGGCGACGCCAUCGUGCUCUUCUGCUCCGGCCUGCCGUCCAUCAUCUGCCGCAGCCAGACCAUCGGCAUGCCGUUCUUCGGCAAGCUGAUCGACUACACGCAGCCGGUGUACGUGUCGCGCGAGGAUCCCAACUCGCGCCAGAACACCAUCCGCGAGAUCCAGAGGCGCGCCCACUCUGGCGGCGAGUGGCCUCAGAUCCUGCUGUUCCCGGAGGGCACGUGCACCAACCGGUCGUGCCUGAUCCAGUUCAAGCCGGGCGCGUUUUACCCGGGCGCGCCCGUGCAGCCGGUGGUGGUGCGCUACCCGAACCGGCUGGACACGGUCACGUGGACCUGGGAGGGGCCUGGCGCCUGGAAGAUACUCUGGCUCACGCUGACACAGUUUGUGAGCUUCUGUGAGAUUGAGUACCUGCCCGUGUACGUGCCGUCGGACGAGGAGAAGGAGAACCCCAGACUGUACGCGCACAACGUCCGAGCGAAGAUGGCAGAGGCGCUGGGCGUGCCUGUCACCGACUACACGUACGACGACUGCCGACUCAUGAGCAAGGCGCGUGCCAACAAUCUGCCCUGCGAGACCGGCCUGGUCGAGGUCACCAAGCUGAUGCACCAGCUAGGCAUCAACAUGUCCACCAUCGAGGCCGAGAUGGAGUCGUUCGCCGAGAUCGCGCGCAAGACGGACGGCCUGAUCCGGCUGACCGAGUUCGCCGCCUACCUGGGCAUCCCCACGUCUGAGCCUGGGCUGGUAGAGCUGUUCAACCUGUACGACUCGGACCGGGACGGCGUGAUCGACUUCCGCGAGUACCUGCUGGGCGUCAGCCUCAUCUCCAAGCCGUGCAACACGGAGGAGACGAUUCGCCUGGCGUUCCGACUCUUCGACCUCGGCGGCAAGGGUCACGUGACGCAGCGUGACGUGACCAAGGCGCUGGCGCACACGCUGAGCAUGACGGAGCAGGAGAGCGCCCGGCUCUUCCAGCAGGUGCAGAAGGCGCACGACGACUACAUUACGUUCGAGGAGUUCCGUGCGCAUGCGCAGAAGAAGCCGGAGUACGCCAAGAUAUUCUUGACCUGGCACGGGCGCAUGACCCAGGAGAAGGAGAAGAGUCAGUAGCCGCUGUUGGUGCGCCGAGGCAGUCUUAAUCACUCCACGAGGCGCCGCAACUUAAGAAGACAACCAAACGAACAUAAUAUUGGUGUACAACGGCUUUUGCUGCUUGUUUGCGAUUGUUAUGUCCAACAGCUGUCAAGGUGAUGCGGUUGGCACAGCGUGGCUGGCCGGCAGUCAUCGGCGUCCGGUGCGGCCUAAGUCUUGCCACGGCAGCGGGUGGUCGCGGUGCGGUGCUGGCUGGUCCCCGCGCCAGCCGGCGGCCCGUUCCAAGGUCAGGCCAGCGGCAGCGGGCGGUCCCGGUGCGGUGCUGGCUGGUCCC